GUGGUGAUGAUGUUGGGAAGUGAGAUCAAAUUGCCUCAGCCAAAACAGCCUGGUUUCUUGCUUGAAAGGACUGCACUUGAAAUGGAUUCUUCAACAAGUAAGCAUGACUCGACCUCAGUAAACGAAAUCACCCAAUCGAUCUUGGAGGCUCGGUAAAGGAUUAUAUAUAGUGAUGUAUGUCAUGUCCAGAACAUUGUCCAUGGGUGCAAUUAGUACCUUAUGUUUUUUCAACUUCAGGACUAAAUAAACCUUAGGCCCUAAACUCCAAUGUAGAAACAUACCCUUCAGGUUCUUACUCAGAUAUCAACAGAAGGAUUUAGUGUCCACCCCGAGGCUGUCUUUUAUAUGUGGUUUGUAACCAUUUUCAUUUUAUAUUGAAAAAACAAAUGAAACCUUCUUAAAGCCUGAAUUUCCCAAAAUGUAGAAAUCUGUUGGAACUGUUCCAGAUAAGCGUGCCACCAAAGCUGCACUUUGAAUUAGUUUAUUUUCAAAUUAAUUACUGUUUUCUGUUUUUUUAAGUUUAUAGCAGUUUGUUAAGAAGUUUGUUUGUAUUGGAUAACUGUUGAGCUAGAUUUGUAACUACCUUAUCAGUGUGUACCUAAGUAUUUUGCAUAAUGAAAAUUUACUGUGGCU